GGAGGUUGUAAGGUGGAGAUUCAGUUACAGGGAGGGUUGUGUAAGGUGAAGGUGAGUGGGGGUUGUAAGAUGGAGAUUCAGUUACAGGGAGGGUUGUGUAAGGUGAAGGUGAGUGGGGGUUGUAAGAUGGAGAUUCAGUUACAGGGAGGGUUGUGUAAGGUGAAGGUGAGUGGAGGUUGUAAGAUGGAGAUUCAGUUACAGGGAGGGUUGUGUAAGGUGAAGGUGAGUGGGGGUUGUAAGAUGGAGAUUCAGUUACAGGAAGGGUUGUGUAAGGUGAAGGUCAGUAGAGGUUGUAAGAUGGAGAUUCAGUUACAGGGAGGGUUGUGUGAGGUGAAGAUGAGUGGAGGUUGUAAGAUGGAGAUUCAGUUACAGGAAGGAUUGUGUAAGGUGAAGGUGAGUGGGGGUUGUAAGAUGGAGAUUCAGUUACAGGGAGGGUUGUGUAAGGUGAAGAUGUGUGGAGUUUGUAAGAUGAAGAUUCAGUUACAGGGAGGGUUGUGUAAGGUGAAGAUGAGUGGAGGUUGUAAGAUGGAGAUUCAGUUACAGGGAGGGUUGUGUAAGGUGAAGAUGUGUGGAGGUUGUAAGAUGGAGAUUCAGUUACAGAGAGGGUUGUGUAAGGUGAAGAUGAGUUGGUUAGAUGCUGUCAACACCAAGUUAGACGUGACUGAUGGUGACGCGGAAGCACUAUCGGCCGUAUCGAUGGACGUCAGGCCGGAUGGUGUGAGCCUUCAACUGGUUACAGCUCUGUCACUAACUGGUCUCAACCCAGGAAUUGUUUGA